AUGGAGGAUGUUGGCGACGGAGAGCCGCGGCAAGCAGAGCUACGCCUGGAGCAGCGUGAGGUCAAGCGACUAAUCCAUGAGGCUCUGAGCAAGAAGAGCUUCCCUCCUGUAGUUCAGCACCCCGAAGCCAUCCGAGGCGACGUGUUGCUCUCUUCCCUGUUUCAAUGGCCUGUAGUCGUCUGGGUUCCUGAGUGCGCUAACCCUACCCAAAAGCCGUACUGCAUCAUGCCAGGCUGCUCAUGCACACCUAGGGUGAAGGAGUACAAGCAAAGAACAGUUGAGGACGUCGAUAGCAAGAGCCACCUCCUGUAUAUCAAGUAUCAGUGUGCCGGCGACCACAAGAGCUGUUUUUCUACGGUGACAGCAAGCUACAUCCAGCGCGAAGCCCGCCUACUCAUGCAUUUCCCCUGUGUGAUGACAAAGAAGUUUGGAAUUUCAAAGCAACUAAUGGAACUGGUGCACGAGGGGAUGACGUCGCCUCAUGGAUUAUCGCGCACGCUGCGGCUGGCCAAUCCCACGUAUUUGGCGCCGACUCCGCCAACGGUGGCUCAGUACUGCUCGCAGGAAACGCCUGUCGGUGCUGAGACCUUAUCCGCAGCGUGGAUGCAGUCUACCAGCAUCUACAGCGCUCUUUGCGAGCAGAUUAUGAGCAGCCUCGACGUGAAACGGGUGCUUCGGAUCGACCACUCAGUCAAAUUCUGUAAGAGACUCAAGGUAUGGCCCGGUGGGACUGGCAAGAGAGAGAAGAAUCACGAUGAGACGCGUCAGUUGCUAGAGCAUGUCAAGGGCGCGGUGAAUACCGAGGACGAGUGGUUUCUCAUUAGCGACAACGCAAAUGCUAUUCGGAGCUUGGCUGCAUCGGUGUUUGGUUCGUCGGCGAAACUGCGCCCGCCAGAAGAGAUGGAGGCGAGGUUUGUUACAGCACUUCAAGACGUAGCCCUUACUGAUAUCAGCUGCAGCGAGCAAGAAUGGCAAGGCAGCGUGGACAGCAACUUGAAGCAGAUCAAGCGCGGUGAUUUGUACGUGGAGAACAACGUGUUCAGUGAGGGAGGCGGCAAGGACUGGCAGCAAAUGUUUGAGGGUACAAAUAUUGACGCUCAAGCUCUGGAAAGCAGCCUUCAAAGAUCCCACCAGCACAGCACCACGAUCCGAGAGCUCUUGGCAAAGCAGAUCACCUUCACCGAGAGCGGCAAGUUGCCUCGCGCCGCUUUUUUCAACUCGUUGUGCCUCAAUGAGCUCGAUUAUGAAGCUGCUGCUGGGUUCUCUAGUGAGGAGCACGCGCUUCUGAGGCAGGUGUUGGUGGAACAAAAGGCCGCGGGGCAGAGCUGGUCAGGUUGCGCCAUGGUGACAACCAUCAUGUACAAUAUUGUGGUGUCUUCGAACUCCAAUCACAAGUUACGGCUGAAGCGACGCAGCUUUAUCACUUUGUCCGCAAAGAUCGAUGGGUUCACAGCGAAAUCGCGGCCGGAACCUUCAACAAUCCGCGAUCGGAAACUAUUUCGCUUCGUGCGAUCUGCUCCGUGUGACGCCAAUACUGCACGGGAGAAGGAACUGCAGGCCCAACUGUUCACCGCGCUUCGAAAAUUGUCCGGUGUCCGCAAAAAGAGACAAGUCUUCGUGAUGGUGUACGACUUUGCGUGCUGUGUAUGCGCUGGCAUUCACCCAAAAUCACAGCCAUUCCUGCCAUCGCGAUGGGAUAAUCUGAAGCAGCAGGAGAACUACGGUGCCAACUUGAAAAUCAAGCUGAAGCUGACCCCUGAAAUCCUGGCCAGCAUUCGCUCCACCACUUCUCACCGAGAUAAAUCCCAGCCUGUACUCGCUGAACAACCUUCCGGUGCUGCUCAACAGGCUCCACAGGGGACCACCGAAGAGCUUCUUCAAUCUUCAGACUACAUCUCUGCCAGCACCACCAACUUUUGCCACAGCGGACGGGACUCCGGACGUCUCGCCAUCGUACAGAGAUUCAGCUGGAAACACCUUGCCCAAAUGCAGCGACACUGCGAGGAUCCCGCAGCACGACGGCGAGGAGUCAGCCGCCCAAGCUACAACAGCACCGCCCCUGCAGCACGCAACGAUAACACCAGACCACAUCAAAAUGCUGCGUGA